GUAUCAUUCACCACGGCCAUUUCUCUAUCGUUCUCUGGCUUUCUCGGAGUUAAUUUUUUCUCGUCUCUUUUUCUUACUUCAGUCUUGAGGGUCCCCAGCGGAACACCAUUUAUGAAUCACCUAAGACUAUACAGCAAAUCCCUUAGAUCCCUUCGUCAUCUCACCUCCCUUUCUGGUGCCCUCUCCGCACGACCUAACCAGUUCAACUCUAUAACCAACCCGGGAUUCAUCCGACGCACAAUGGCGACGGCAAUGGCAAAGCGCCUUGAAGGCAAGACGGUCUUGGUGACCGGUGCUUCGGCAGGAAUUGGCAGAAGCACUGCCAAGGAGUUCGCUCGUACAUCACCCAAGAGCCUGAAGCUUAUCUUGACAGCACGGCGUAUCGACUCGUUGAACCAGAUUUCUCAGGAAAUCAAGGAGGAAGUUGGUGAUGGCGUCCAAGUGCUCCCCGUGAAGCUGGAUGUGAGCAACCCGGAGGAAGUCAAGAACUUUGUGCCCUCCCUGCCGGCUGAAUUCCAGGAGAUUGAUGUUCUGGUUAACAAUGCUGGUCUGGUCCGGGGUGUUGCAAAGGCCCCCGAAAUCGAAACUGAAGAUAUCAAUGUGAUGUUCAACACCAACGUCAACGGUUUGAUCAACAUGACUCAGGCAAUCCUUCCCAUUUUCAAGAAGAGAAGCGACGGAGGCCGGGGAGAUAUCAUCAACAUUGGAAGCAUCGCUGGCCGUGAAGCAUACCCCGGUGGAAGUAUCUACUGUGCUACAAAGGCCGCCGUGAAAUCCUUCACCGAUGCUUUGAGAAAGGAACUGAUCGCGUCGAGAAUCCGGAUUAUCGAGAUUGACCCUGGUCAAGUGGAAACCGAAUUCUCCCUGGUGCGAUUUUACGGUGACAAGGCCAAAGCAGAUGCCGUCUAUGCGGGCUGCGAGCCACUUACACCUGACGACAUCGCAGAAGUAAUCGUUUUUGCCGCCGGACGACGAGAGAAUGUUGUGAUUGCCGAUACGUUGAUCUUCCCGAGUCACCAGGCAUCGCCCACUGCGGUGCACAAGUCAUCGUAAAAUCUGCGAGGUGACAGUCUGAUAGAAACAUAUAUACACAAAUAGAAUUAUAUCAGUCGUAGGGAAUAACGCAGCGAUCAUGCCAGACCAUCCAUACACCGUACAUUCUACCUGUAGAGACGCUGCAGCAGCGAACAGCAAACAGUGAACAGCGAUAAGUAAAUCGAGUCAUGAACCAUGAAUCAUAAUAGAUAACAAACCAUCCAAUUGACCC